GCACAAAACGAAAAAUACAACCAAGUUCAUUGCAAGCAAACAAUAAAAAGUUAAAAAAAACUUCAAAAAUUGAAGAAAUUGAUUUAACUAAUGAUGAAGUCGCUAUAAAUAAAGAAUAUUUUAAGGAAACACAAAUAGUAUGA